AUGGCAUUUAAUCAAGGAAGAGGAAGAGGCGGUCCCCGAGGUGGCGGUCGCGGUGGCCCCCGAGGCGGCGCUUCUAGUCGCGGUGGCCCUCGUGGCGGUGCUCGUGGUGGCCGUGGUGGUUCCCGCGGUGGGGCUGGUGGCCGUGGUGGUCGUGGUGGUGCUCGCGGUGGCCGUGGUGGAAAGUUUGGGGCUGGUGGUGCCAAAGGUGGCGCCAAAGUUAUUGUUGAACCUCAUCGACAUGCCGGUGUUUUCAUUGCUCGAGGAAAAGAAGAUUUAUUAGUUACUAAAAAUAUGGCUCCCGGUGAAAGUGUUUAUGGUGAAAAGAGAAUUACAGUGGAAAGCGGUGAUAAGUCAGAUGGUUCAGCGCCUACCAAGACAGAGUACAGAGUUUGGAAUCCUUUUAGAUCAAAGUUAGCUGCCGGUAUUCUGGGUGGUAUUGAUGAAUUUGGCAUUGCACCAGGGAAGAAGGUUCUUUACCUAGGUGCUGCAUCCGGCACAUCUGUUUCUCACGUAUCUGAUGUUGUCGGCCCUGAAGGUGUUGUUUAUGCAGUUGAGUUUUCUCCAAGAUCUGGUCGUGAUCUUAUUUCUAUGGCUCAAAAGAGACCAAAUGUUAUUCCUAUUAUUGAGGACGCCAGACAUCCUCAGAAAUAUCGCAUGCUGGUUGGGAUGGUUGAUGCAGUUUUUGCCGACGUUGCUCAGCCCGAUCAAGCAAGAAUUAUUGCUUUAAACUCACACUUGUUUUUGAAAGACAAGGGAAGCGUUAUUAUUUCUAUCAAGGCCAACUGUAUUGACUCAACUGUUGAUGCGGAAACUGUCUUUGCACGGGAAGUUCAGAAACUUCGUGAAGAAAGAAUUAAGCCUUUAGAACAGUUAACACUCGAGCCCUACGAAAGAGAUCAUUGUAUAGUAAUUGGAAGAUAUCUCCGAUCAGGAAACUAA